CCGAUAUAUAAUUACUAAUAGGUUAAAACAAAAUACUAUGAUAAUUUAUUAAUUAUGUAUUUAUGUUCAAUAAGCAAGUAUAUAACUGAGGUUUUCCGUGACCUUCUUACUUGUUUAGCAGUGAUUGAAGGUGAUAGGUGACGUUUGAACUAAUUUUAUUAGCUUCGAAAAUUAACAAAGAAAAAUAGGUACUAACGAUGGAUGUUGUCGCAAGAUCACUGAAAGAGGCUGAAUGCCGCCUGAAGGAUAUCAAUGAUGCAAUCUCUAAAGGAGACUCGGAAAUACAGAAGUUCUACCAAGACUCUGUUAUUUUUAUCACUGGAGUCAGUGGGUUUAUGGGAAAAUUGCUUGUCGAAAAGCUUCUAAGGGCUUGUAAUGUUAGGAAAAUCUACAUUUUAAUUCGUCCGAAGGAAGGAAAGACAAUUCGAGAUAGAUUGAACGAUAUCAAAAAAGAUCCGGGAUUCGACUACCUUCGAGAGACACAGCCUAAUUUUGGAGAUAAAAUAGUAUCCGUGGAAGGUGAUAUUUCAGAAAUUCGUCUAGGGAUUAGUGAUUCCGACUGGGGGACUCUAACUGAAGAGGUAGAUACAAUAUUCCACCUGGCAGCCACAACGAACGUCGAUAUACCGCUCCCAGCGGCAACUUUGAUCAACAUUCGUGGCACUAGAGAAAUCCUGCACUUGGCAAAACAAUGUUCUAAACUCAGGGUCUUCGAAUAUGUCUCCACAGCGUAUUGCCAAGCGACAACGGACAAGAUUGGUGUUCAGUUAGACGAAAAAUUCCAACCGUGUCCAAUACCUCCCGCCACACUGAUAGAACUGGUUGAAAAUGUGGACAAAACCCGCUUGGGAGCUAUAGUAUCAGGAUUGACAAAGAGUUGGCCCAACACGUACACCUUUACAAAAGCAGUCGCUGAAGAGCUCGUCAGGAGUAUGGCGGAUGAGAUACCCAUUUGCAUCGUUAGGCCGCCCAUUGUUAUUGGCACAUACAACGAGCCAGCACCAGGAUGGGUUGACAUGAGCAGUGCGUAUGGACCUAGCGGUAGUAUAAUAAGAUCUGGUCUUGGCAUCGUGCGGCUCUUUUAUGGAAGAGAAGACAAACUUUUAUGUCUCGUGCCGGGAGAUUAUGCGAACAACUGUAUUCUAGCAGGUGCUUGGGACUGCGUGGAGAGGAGGAAAGCAGGAGACAAAGAUGUUAAAAUUUUCACUGUGAGCAGUAGCAAGAGUGGCGUUCAGUUGGACAGUGAUUAAUAAUCUACGACACGAAGAUAUGAAGAAUUAUGCAUCACGAAAAGGCGUAUGCUAUUGGGACACGCAUGUCAUUCAAAAUAAAUUAUUUUACCGCAUCCUUACUUGGUUCGUGCAUUACAUACCUGCAAUUAUAGUGGAUUUUAUUAUGAAUGUGUUUAACAUCUCCAGGCCUGAAGGUAUCACCUCAUUCGUGAAUUUGUAUAAAAAAUAUGACGAAGUGGCCUUCGAAUAUGACUAUUAUUUGAGUAUCGGCUGGAGCUUCAACGACAAGAAUGUUGUCGAACUUCAUCAGAAGAUGUCGCCAACUGACAAAAAGAUUUUCAACAUGGAUAUCUCUACUGUAUACUGGGAUCAAAUGAUGUUCUUAUGGGCUUUGGGGGUGAAGAAAUUUAUUGUAAAAGAACCAACAUUAAUUGACAAAUACGCGAUUAAAAAGCAAAAAAAUUUAAAAGUUGCCCAUUACGCGAUCUUGUUUUUAUACUUAUAUGUCCUUUAUUCAUUUUACAAUCGCUUCAAGUAAUUAUUAUGUUAAUUUUGUUCUUAUAUUCUACAAUAAACGCUUAGUGUUAAAAUUAAAUAAUUUAUUUGAACCUGUAAAAUGUUAUAGUUUAUUUAGAUUCCGUCAAUAUUAACUCUACCACCUGUUCGUAAAGCAGUUCUCACCAGAGAAGAAUGGGCAAGAAACUCUGUUGUUGCUCUUUUAAAAAUCUGUUUAAGAUAUAAACUAUAGUACAUGAUACAGAGAAUGAAAAAAAAAAUGAUUGUUUUUUUAUUUUUGUUUAGAGCAGUUAAUUGUCUUGUUUUGAUUAGGGUAAGGAGUCUAUAACAACCUACGUAUAUGCAAGUGUACGCGCCGUACGUAUUAUUGUGUUCAACUUUUUUGUUGUAAUAUUGCGUUGCUACAUAAACUUUGAAUCCGACAACUAUUUACACAUUUGUCAAGUAAAGCGCCAUGUCGUAGAAAACAAUCCACAAAAUAUCCAUCAUAUUUACUAGACUUGCUUGUUACUUCGAACCUUACAAUAAACGGGUAAGAAUUGA